CGACGUUCAGUUUGCGAUUGCUUUUGCAUCGAGAAAGACGUUCUGCCGUUAUUAGAUAUAUCCUCGUCGAAACUUUUUAUACGGAGUUAUGUUACGGAAUAACACGUGAGGAGUGGAAUCUACAUCAAGUUAUAUAUAUAUAUAUAUAUAUAUAUAAUUAUUUACACGGAUUCGAACGUAGUAAGUGGCCGUCUGAUAAAGCGAGAAACUAAGGAGAGAUCAUAGUUCAUCAUUAUCAUCGAAAAGUUUCUUUUCGUUAUUGAUCGAGAGAACUUUUGGACCAUCAAACGAAUUGGACAAACAUGUAUCAAUUAUCGUUGAAGAUUUUACUCGCUGUAUUGUUAUUUGAGAACCUAACAUUUACGGUAUCCAUUGAAGAAUUCAAUAUCCCAAAGAAUAACUCGAAAGAAUUGGAAAAUAUUUUAGCUGGUGUAGGAAAUACAAAUGAUACGGAUAAACAGCGAACGGAUCAGAUAGAUCAGGCAGAUUUUCAUCAGAAGGAAUUUUUUAAGAAUACUAAAAGAAAUUCGACGAUCGUCGAGAAAGAAAAUCAAAAAACGUCAUUGAAUGAAAAGGCAUCAACAAAGGAAUUAUCCCCGACGUUGCAGAGUGCAAGAGAAUUGCCGAUUGCGCUGAAUCAUACUGAUCAAAACAUUAAUCAACGACCAGUCGAAGAGACGACGCCAAUUAAUGGGGUAACUGAGAGUCAAAAAUCAAAUGAUUUUAUCGGCGAACAAAAGAAUUUGAAUGAAUGUUGCGUAACUCCACUUGACGAAGAUGUUACAACCAUUAAAACGAUGCAACAAGAAAACACUAAUUCGUCCAUUAGCACUACCUCAGAAAUUACACCGACGACCACAAACAGAAGCGUCACGAUCACUCCAAAGGAUGUUGUUUCAAAAAUUACUCCAGCGUCCAUUGACGUGAAUGACACAAAAAAGGCCGGCGAUUUAAACCUACAAUUAAAACCUACGAUGUACGAAACAGUUCCUUCUGAAUUGAUUAAUGCGACAAUAGAAACUAGCACGAUAUCAUUGAAAUCCUCCGAGAUAACAACCACCGUAUCCUCCGUUAUAACCACCGUGUUAACCUCCGAGAAUGAUCAAGUAAAAGUUAGAAACGAUACUGUGAUGUUAAAAAAGGAGAAAGAAGUAGAACACGAAGGAUUAAGUCUGAAAAGCAAAGAAUCUAUCAGUAAAGAAGAUACCAGUGGAAGUAUGCCACCUGGUAUUAUUGCAUUGGUAACAACUAUUACGUUUGCUGUUGCGAUCAUUAUUGGAUAUAUCAGUAUGGUUAUCUGGAAGCAAUAUCUCGAGCGCAAAUACGGACGUCGAGAAUUAUUGGUGAACGAGUUGGAAUUUGAUACAAACGAUCUGAGACAUUUUGAGCUCUGACUUUGGAAAAGCAAGGAUGGUAUAUAGUCUGAUGUAUGCCCGCUGAGUCAUACACAGAUCACGAGGUAACUCACGAUUCGUAUUAUAAAUUUCGUGAGAUAAAGGAAAUUUUGAAAAUCUGUGAUAUUGCAUGUGUGUGUGUGUAUAUAUAUAUAUAUGUAUAUAUAUAUAUAUAUAUAUAUAUAUAUAUGUAUGUAUGUAUGUAUGUAUGUAUGUGUAUGUAUAUAUAUAAAAAACCGAUUUUUGUGUAGAAUCUAAUCGGUUUGUUGUAACAAAUGUAUUAUUACAUUUGAAUAUUUUCGUACUUUACUAUUUCCUACGUAAGUUAUAAUGUGUGUUCCUAUAUAAAAUCAUAUCACUUUAAGGAAAGAUUUUAUUUUUAUCGUAUUAUUAAAAUACUGACGUGUUAGAAGUAGAAAGUAAUGAUAAUAAAUUUAAGAAAAUUAUUUCGUAUAUAUACAAACAGUUUCAUAUAUUAAUUAUUAUAUUACAUGCAGGACACUAACAAGACAACGAGUGAAUAUUUCAUAUGAAUGAUAGGCGUUAGAAUUAUAUGAUUAAUGAAUAUCAUGAUCAUUACUUUAAAAGCAUAACUGUGUAAUCAAUGAUAUAUAAUAUUAAGAAAGACAAUAGUAUUUAUGCUACCGAUGAAAACUAUUUGUUUUUUUCUGUAGCAUGCUUCAUAAGUGUAUAUAUUUCAAAAAGAUAAUAAUAAACCAUGUAUGUUAUUUUUUUA